CUGUGUGUCCGUGCAACCUCUGGUGUUAGAUCCACUAAAUUGCGCGACAGCACGAUAUCCUGAAUCAAACCGUCACUCCAUAGCGAUAGGUGGCGGUAGCGCGCGCGCCUCUGAACAGCCGCGAGGAGUCGAUUCACGGACAGACGUAAUCACUCGAACUGGAUUUGUGUUCCCCUGACAGGAAUAUGCUAAGGUUGUCAAGUAAAAGACUAUGUUUUCAUCACCUUUUUCGCCACCGGCGAAGUCAAACUAGAAUACCUCAGAAAACGAUGUCUGAACCAGGGACCACGUGUCUGUCAACUCAGCAACUGUGGACCCGUCUCGCGGACACAACGGUGGUGCCGUGUAGGGACCUGCUCUCCCUAGAGGUGUUUGAUACCAGACUAGUCGGAGGUGAGCGAAGGCGGGAUCUACACACCACAGCUCUGACAAAGGCGGAGGCUGUGCAUACCAGUGAUAUAAGUGAGGCGCAGUAUGAGAAACUGGCUGACGAGACGUUAGACGCGCUAGCAGACUACUUUGAGGAUCUGGGCGACAAACCGCUCACAGGCUCGGAGUUCGACGUUGUGUUCUCUAGUGGUGUUCUGACUGUGAUGCUUGGAGGAGAGCACGGGACCUACGUCAUCAACAAGCAGACCCCCAACAAACAGAUCUGGCUCUCCUCCCCCUCCAGUGGACCGAAGCGUUAUGACUGGACAGGUGAGCGGUGGAUCUACUCUCACGACUGCGUUAGUCUUCACCAGCUGCUGGCGGAGGAGUUCUCCCUCAUCUACCACCUGGAAGUGGACCUGUCUCACCUACCCCACUCCUGACCCCAUCUACCUGUCCUCCCAGCUCUGCUCCUAUCCUCAUCAUCUACACAAGUUACUCACCUUUGACCUGGGAACCAAACGGGCAAGUGUGAAAGCCAACACAACACAAGUAGCACUGGGGUUCACCUUUACCUGCUGUAACCUUGCUCUCUGGGGUUCACCUUUAUCUGAGUAAUCUGCUGUAACCUUACUCUCUCAGUGUUGUGUGUUCAGUACCAAAGAAAUCUGCUGAGAUUAUAACUAGAGAACCAUAUAAUAUAUCUAACUCUGAUCUAAAACUCUGAUGUAUUAAUGUAUCUGACUGUGAUCUAAUCUGAGAUCUGCCAUCGAUACGAGCGCUCCUCAUGUCAGUCGUUCUCUGAUCGAAGAUGACGCCGAUCGUCCUGUUGAGCGUCCUGUCGGUUCUGAUACACCAGAUGUUCUAACAGCAGUUACACGUAGCCUCGACGUUGUGAACAACACGCUGCUCUGACAUUGCGAUGGAAACACGACAUGCAUGAUCACAUCCACCACGUUAAUCUCACGGUAAAACAUGUCGGUGUCGUUAUGGGCUCUUUAAGCUCUGGGGAACAUCUCCAGCGUGGAGGCCAGGCUGGGGAACCUGCUUCAGAGGAACAUCUCGUGGCCAGCGUGAAGGCGAUCACCAUGGAGGACAGACACAGGAAGUUCUCUGACUCCUAUCACAGUAUCUUUCUCCUCCCUCUCUCCUCCCUCUCUCCUCCCUCCCUUCUCCCUCUCUCCUCCCCCCCACCCUCUCCUCCCUCCCUCUCUCCUCCCUCCCCCCCUCCUCCCUCUCUCCUCCCUCCCUCUCUCCUCCCUCUCUCCUCCCACCCUCUCCUCCCUCCCUCUCUCCUCCCUCUCUCCUCUCCCUCUCUCCU